CACGCGCACACACGGGGCCGCAUGGGACUACUGGAGUGAUUCUUCAAGUUGAGCAGACCUGUGAUGCCGCUGCCACGCAGCGCCUCUAGGGCCGUGCACGUGCCGACAGAGGACAGAGGGAGGUGGGAGCGCGGAGAGAGGACGGAGAGCAGCCACUGCGCGUGAAGGACCAGGUCAGUCCGGAUCGGCAGGAGUUAGAAGAAGAGGAACCUGCUCACCGGGAGCCACGAAACUCCAGCGACGGAAACAUGCGAUUUGACAGAGAUUUGCGCGCGCUUACUUCACUUUUGCCUUCGCAAACACCUUCAGGGAGUUCACGUGUUCCUGCGCGUCGACGACGAGGCAAUGUUUAGACGCAGAUUGCCGGCAAAAGCCCCGCGGAGUUUGGACGUGUGUUUCGUAGCUUGACGGCGUGUAUGAAGACGAAUUAGCGACGAGGAGCACCGCGAAUGUAGUCUUCAGGUGGCAGAAGCGAAAGCCUGUACCUGCCGGUGUCUUCCCCCGCGGCCUCUCUUCUUCUGUGUGUUUUCGGUUUCUCGCGUUGCCGUGUGGAUAAAGUGAGGCGAGGAUGCAGGUGAAGAAGCAGCGAGACUCGGACCGGAGCGGCGGAGACAUGCUGGAAGGAGACGGCCUGCGCAAAAACCCCUCAUGCUUCUCUAAUAUCAAGAUAUUUUUGAUAUCGGAAUGCGCCCUCAUGCUGGCCCAGGGCACCGUGGGAGCUUACCUGGUGAGUGUGUUGACGACCCUGGAGCGGCGGUUCAACCUGCAAAGUGCUGACGUAGGCGUGAUAGCCAGCAGCUUCGAGAUCGGGAACCUGGCUCUGAUCCUGUUUGUCAGCUACUUCGGGGCCAAAGCCCACCGGCCCCGUCUGAUCGGCUGCGGGGGCAUCAUCAUGGCGCUCGGCGCCCUUCUCUCAGCUCUGCCCGAGUUUCUGACGAAGCAGUAUGAGAUCGGGAAAAUGUGGAGGACUGAGGUGGGUCGGGACGUUUGCUCCAACACCAGCAGCGCCGACGCCCAGCAGGCUGAAGACGCAGUGUGCAACAACAGGACCAACACCAACAUGAUGUACCUGCUGCUGAUUGGAGCCCAGGUCCUGCUGGGUAUUGGAGCCACACCAGUGCAGCCUCUGGGGGUGGCCUACAUUGAUGAUCACGUGAAGAAGAAAGACUCAUCUCUCUAUAUAGGAAUCCUCUUUUCUACUCUGGUGUUCGGGCCGGCCUGUGGCUUCAUUCUUGGCUCUUUCUGCACAAAGUUCUACGUGGAUGCUAUCUUCAUCGACACUGAGAAGCUGGGCAUCACUCCAGAAGACCCGCGGUGGAUCGGGGCCUGGUGGGCAGGCUUCCUCCUGUGUGGUGCCUUACUCUUUUGCUCGGCUCUCUUCAUGUUUGGUUUCCCUCAGUCACUUCCGACCAGCGAGAGAGAGGAGGGGGCCGACAGUGAGCAGGUUAUGCUUCCUCCCUCUCUGAGUCCAGACUAUGAGACUCCAAAGCCCAGCAACGGGGUUGUACGCAACCACGAGCCUGCGAACAGCCCCACCUGCUGUCAGCAACUCAGGGUGAUCCCCAAGGUGACCAAGCACCUCCUGUCGAACCCCGUGUUCACCUGCAUCGUCCUGGCGGCCUGUAUGGAGAUCGCGGUCGUGGCUGGCUUUGCAGCCUUUCUGGGGAAAUACCUCGAGCAGCAGUUUAGCCUCACCACAUCCUCAGCCAAUCAGCUGCUAGGUAUGACAGCCAUUCCGUGUGCAUGUCUGGGGAUCUUCAUGGGCGGUCUGCUGGUGAAGAAGCUGAACUUGUCGGCACUGGGAGCCAUCCGCAUGGCCAUGCUGGUCAACCUGAUCUCCACCGCAUGCUACGUCUCCAUCCUGUUCCUGGGCUGCGACACCGGCCCCGUCGCAGGAGUGACGGUCAGAUACGGCAACGAGACCCUGCGGGUGGGCGAGAAACCAGAAGCUCAGUGCAUCAGUCACUGCAACUGCUUCACCUCCUCCAUCAGCCCUGUGUGCGGCUCCAACGGGGUCACCUACCUGUCUGCCUGCUUGGCCGGCUGCACCCAGAUGAGCGGCCGUCGGACCAAGUCCAACACCAGCCAGAACCUGACGGGAUGCGCUUGUGUAUCCUCCAACAGUGAACUGGCCACAGCCAUUCCGGGGAAAUGUCCAAUGCCGGGCUGCCAGGAGUCUUUCCUCAUCUUCCUUUGUGUGAUCUGUGCCUGUAGCCUGGUCGGCGCCAUGGCCCAGACGCCCUCCGUUAUCAUCCUAAUCAGGACUGUGAGCCCGGAGCUGAAAUCAUAUGCACUCGGAUUGUUGUUUCUUUUGCUGCGGCUCCUGGGAUUCAUCCCCCCUCCUCUCAUAUUUGGUGCCGGGAUCGACUCGACUUGCCUCUUCUGGAGUUCGGACUGCGGCGCUCGGGGCGCUUGCCUGCUGUACGACAACGUGGCGUACAGGCAUCUGUACGUGAGCCUCGCCAUCAUCCUCAAGGGCGUCGCCUUCCUCCUCUACGCCACCACGUGGUACUGCUUACGCAGGAACUACAAGAAGUACAUCAAAAGCAACGAGGGCUACAUGACGGCGACCGAGUUUUACCCCUCGCUCACAGACGGGCCCAAACAAGUAGAGAGGACAAAGUUCAUCUAUAACCUAGAGGACCAUGAGUUUUGUGAAAAUAUGGAGUCCGUUUUAUAGUUUGUUACGCAAGAAGAGGACAAUGUGGACAUUGAUAUUCUCUCGGAGGAAUAUUUUUAUUUUGUAUUUUCUUGAAAGGAUCAAACGAAGCGUUUUUUGGAGCGAGGCAAUCUAUUUAACGGCCCGUUACGGGCGAUGCUGCUCUCCACCGCGCUGCGCGUCCUCGGUAAACUGCUCCGGGUCCAUUCUAGUCGUGUACGUGUCAGCGAGGUGUUGUCCAGUGUGAAUUCCUGUGUUGACUCGGUGGUAGAGGACAGACUAAAGUACUGUGGGGCUCAGGCCUAGAUGAUUAGUCAUGAGUGGGCAUGACGCUAUUCUAACUGGUUGCCAUAUUGUUUUAGGCCGGUCAUGAUUCCAGUGUUCCGUGUGAGAAAUGACCGUUUCCUUCCAGUCAGUGCACUGUGUGUUCUGUCUGUCGCGCUCAGAAAAGAGAUUUUUAUGAUGAGAAAAAUCUCAAAUUUGAUGGUUCUUGAGUUAUUCAUAUUUAAAAGUUGCCAAGUGUUUACAAACUAAUAGUUAAGUUAAUGCAUUUGACUUCAAUGCAGGAAGGUUUCUCACCAGAAGAGAACAGAAACACCCGGUUGUUAUCGUGGCCUACGAGAUGUUUGACCUCUCUGAGUUGAGUCUAGUACCUUUUAAAACAAGGUGGUGUUUUCAUGUCAUCGCGCACUGUUCACUUCCUCGUUCUCUCGCUUGAACACAGCCAUUGCUUUUGAUACUGUUGAGACGAGACUGUGAAGUCUCGUCUCAUAGAUGCAAAUGUGCAUUUCAUAAAUGAUACAUCCAUGUUUAUUACUAGUUUUGUGUCAGACUGCAGGUUUGUUUUUCAUUAUAGCAGUUUGUUUUAUUUCCACAUUUGUUUUUAUAUCUGCAGAGUUUAUCCAGCCUAACGCGUCUUAAUAAGGGAUUAUUUAAAUAAGAAUUAAUUAUAUUUUCUUUUGACUUUUGCACCUAGUGGAAAAGCAAACAAGAAAAUCAAGAGUAAUAUUUCUAUGUUUUCGACAUUGGAGUAAAAGAGAUUGGGAGUGAUAUAUUAGUUUCAUUAGAGCCUUAAUGUUUCAUUAGAUUGUUUUUAAAAGGACAGUAUAAAUUAUUAAUUUAAUUGUCUGGGGUGUGUGAUGUCACAGAAAAUGUGGGACAAUUCAUAGCGAUAAAUAGUAUGUUGCAUUGUUGGAGCAAACUAAAUAAAACCUAGGCCUGUAAUGUCUCGACUAGGGCUGCACAAUUUUAUCGAAAUACUAAUAUGGCUGCUUACAAUUUUCAAAUGUCAUUUGCCGCAGUAUUUGUAAGAGGCAAACCUGCGUCAAAAUACAAUUUCAGAUUGAAUAUUCUGCUGAGAUGUAUCGUAUUCUACAGAUUUAAGAAAACAUCUUGGUUUGGUACAGAGUCCCACAAAAAUCGCACAAUAAUAAUUAGUUGUGUGUUUUUCAUCGAUGAUUUAAAGAAUAUAGUUGGCACUAAUAUCACAAAUCAUGUCGCAAAUGCAAUAUCAGUCCAACCGCAUUUAGAUUAAGUUGUGCAGCCCUUGUCUGAGAUUUUUUUUUAAAGUGUGUGUGUGUGUGUGUGUGUGUGUGUGUGUGUGUGAAGUGAACAGUCUAUUCCUGGGCGUGUAUUUGAAGAACUCUUGAAUGCAACUCGGCACACACUGGACAACCCGUUACUCUACUGAUUUCAAGUUGUGUCCCUUUUCUUACACUUUUGUAUGGCAACAUAUCAUUUAUUUUAAUCUGGAAAUAAAUUAUUUUUCAGAAAAGAAAUCCAAAUUUCAGUGUUUUUGCAAUCUCUUUUUUGGACCUGCUUUGUCUAGCGUUUGGUUAGUUUUUUCUUUAUCUCAUGAACGAACAUGUUCACAAAGAAUAUAACAAGAGGGUCAGGGUAAUGGACAAGGCAGAAACUAGGUUAAUGAAGUAAAACAAACUAUAAAUGCAUAUCAAAUGAGGUGUUUAAGUUAAAUUUUAUGAUAAAUACUCUGCUUUGAUCUAGUCUAAAUAGUGUAUAGAAUUACAUUAAUUGCUAUCGAACCCCUUUUUAACCUUUUAAACAAAUUUUCAUGCACCAUAAAGGGAAGGGCAUCAAGUUCAUUCUGUUCAGGCUCAUCACAUAUCCUCAAUAUUGUACUAAGUGCUCAUUAGGUAAGAUGAAAUAUUGACCUGAAAAAAUGACUUCUGAUAUUUUGAUUCACAGCAGAUUUAAAGCGUGUAUCUUUUAUCAUCGUCAUUAUUCAAAAAGGAGCCACUGAGAAUAUUGAGAGGUUGUAAAAGAUCCAUGUAAGUUGAUGUAACCAUCUGGAUUUUUGACUCCUACUCUGUGACUAACAAGUGAUUUUAUGACAAACAGGAAGCCAUUGUUAAGAUCUCAGAACUGGACUACUCUUGUUUUUUAAUACUGGACUAGUCUAGAUCUCAGAACUGGACUCUAGCCCAAAAAUAAAAGCCCAAAUCAGUGUAUUGACGACCUAAUACAAACUAUGUGAUUGUACUUAAUAAAUCAUCAUGUUGGGGACAUGUAUAAUUGUU